AUGCCUGAUCCUAAGUCAGCGAUAAGCAGCAACGAAUAUGCUUUUCCUCGAGGUGGGUCUUCGGCAUUGACGCCGUUGGAAGUCAAGGAGAUUGCCAACGAGGCCACGAAGGAUGUCUUGUUUGAAGUUGCCAAUGUGAAUAAGAAACGGCAAGGUGAUCAGAGUCUGGAUAAGCAGCCCACGAGGAAGAAAGCGCGCAGGAGUAACAAGAAAGGCUCUAGUAAAGUUGACGAAGAAGGUGGUGGAGAUGGCGACGAGGAAGGGGAAAAGGUUUCCAUUGAAUAUCUCAACUUCAAGAAUCUCACUCCACGAUCCGUGGUAUUUGGUCAGAUUGCAGCCAUCAACAAGUUGGACAUCGUGCUAGCACUCGAGAAUAACCUCGUGGGGUAUAUACCUAUAACUUCCAUCAGUUCGGUAAUCAGUGAGCUCAUUGAAAAAUUUGAAGAGGAAAGUGAAGACGAAGAAGAAGAAGACGAUGAUGAUGAUGACGGAGAAAAUGGCGAUGAAAGUACCAGUGCAACGACAUUUGCCUCCAAAGCAGAGAAGAAGUUCCCCGAGUUGAAAAGUAUGUUCCAAGUUGGCUCCUGGUUGAAAGCCAAGGUGGUGGAAAACGAGCAUACCUCCAGCAAGAAGAAACGGAUCGAGCUCACCAUCGAGCCGAAAGAAGUAAACUCGAGCAUCGAAAUAGACGACGACUUUGUGGUGGGGAACGUGUUGCAGUGUUUUGUCAAGUCCAUCGAAGACCACGGUGUGAUUUUGGACCCGGGCAUCGCUGGGUAUUCAGCGUUUAUGUCGAAUAAAGAAUUAACGACUGCAGGCAUCGAUUCAAAAGAGCUUCUUCAACUGGGAUCAGUUCUUGCCACCACGAUAGUUUGCAAACCAUCAGGGAGAAUAAUCACCGUCAAGCCCGUGAACCUGGCGGGUAAAAAACCCGCUGUUGUGUCGACGAUUGCCUCGGUCGAUUCGAUCCAGCCCGGUAUAGUCGCAGACGCAUUGGUUAGCGAGAUCACCGAGGAUGGAAUCGUUGCCAAAGUUUUCGGAUUGGUGGAUGCAAGCAUCAACUUGGCACAAUUGCACAACUUUAGCGUGUCGGAUUUGAAACACAAGUAUGCCAUUGGCAGCAACAUCAAGACUAGGAUCCUUGCCGUUUUGACCAGGAACGGGGUCAAAAAAUUGAUUCUCUCUUUACUCCCCAGCAUAAUGCAAUUGAAUGAUGGAACAAGGAAACAAGAGGCACUUGAAGCUUUUCCUAUUGGCCAUGUGUUUGAUGAGGUGCAAGUGAUUGGCUCCGACCGAAGUUACGUCUUUACUGAGUUUGGCUCAAAGUCGCUCUUGGGGCAAGUUCAUCUUUCACACCUUGGCGACGAUAAGAGCUUGCUCGACUAUGCCGUGGGCAGCAAACACCGGGCAAGAGUGAUUGGCUAUAACACCAUUGAUUGCUUGGUUGUGCUCACGUUUGACGAAAAGACUAUCGAUGCCGAUUACCUCAACGUUAGAGAUAUACCCUUGGGUACCCUACUAUCCAACUGUGAAAUUUCAAAAGUGCUCCCUGACAGUGGAGGAAUCAAUGUCAAGAUUAAUAAUGAGUUUUCAGGUCUUGUCCCUGCUAAUCAAAUGUCGGAUAUCAAGCUACUUUACCCGGAGAGAAAAUUCAGAGUCGGCGCCAAGGUGAAAGGAAGGCUUCUUGCGCAUAGAGGCAAGAUGCCGUUAAUUACCUUGAGAAAGGCCUUGGUUAACCUUGAAGAUGACGAGAUUCUUCUGAGUUUCGACGAGGCUAAAAUUGGGUUCAAGACCAACGCUAUAGUAGACAAAUUUGUUCAUGGAGGUGUAAUUGUUUCAUUCUUUGGAAUACUCAAGGCAUUCUUGCCCAAGACUGAAAUCUCAGAGACUUUUGUCGAUGAUGCCAGCAAAUACUUGAAAUUAGGUCAAAUUGUUAAAGUGAAAAUUUUAGAUAUCAACCAGGAGCAAAAGAGACUUGUGGUUACAUUGAAGCAGUCGAACGAGUUGUCCUUGGCUCAGCAAAGUGAAAUCUCGCAGUUGCUCCCUGGAAGAUCUAUUGUUGACGCCGUUGUGGUUGAGAGAAAGAACAAUGCAGUCCUAAUUGAGCUCGAAGGGUCAAACUUGCGAGGAGUUAUCAAUGAUGGCCAGCUCUCCGAUGGCAACUACGAGCUGAAUCGAGCCUUGUUUAAAAAGAUUGAGAUUUCCAGCAAGAUUAGCGUUUUGGUGUUGGAAAAAGAUUUGAAAGCCAGGACAGUUAUCGCCACUGCGAAGAAGUCGUUGAUCGAUGCCGCUAAAAGAGAUCAGCUUCCACUCGAUUUCGACGACAUUCAACUCAACCGAGUCGUCAAGGGGUACAUCAAAUCGGUGACGAAUUUGGGAUUGUUUGUGGCAUUCACGGGUAAAUUGACGGGGUUGAUCUUGGCCAAAUACGCCACCAAGACCGCUAAUGAAGACUUGUCAAAGAAAUUCCACAAGUACCAGUCGAUAACAUGUAAGGUGUUGAGCAUCGACAAGGAAAACAAGAGGUUUUUGUUGGCCUUGUCCAACUCCAAUGAGUUGAACGAUGAAGAUUUGGUGAAUCCCGUUGACACUACCAAGACCAUCGUGGCAGACUAUGCACCCGGUGUCAUUACCAAGGCAAUCAUCAAAUCGGUCAAAGGCACGCAGUUGAAUGUGCAAAUGGCUGAUAAUUUGCAAGGACGGGUAGACAUUACUCAAUGCUUCCAAAGCAUCAAAGACGUCAAGAACAAGUUUCAACCGUUGGCAGCAUUCCAUAAAGGUGAAGUGGUGUCAGUUAAAGUCAUUGGUGUCCACGAUGCCAAAAACCAUACUUUUUUGCCCAUCACGCAUAAGCGUGCCAACAAAUACACCAUUUUGGAACUCUCUAUAAACGACUUGGACGCCAAUGGCAAGAACUCGAAUGGAUCGGAGUUGAAGUUUCAAGAUAUCAAACCGGGUCAAGAGUUUUUGGCGUUUGUCAAUAACAUUGACCGCGGUUUCGUUUGGGUAUCGAUCUCGCUUUCCAUCAGGGGCCGCAUCUCGUUUCUCGAUUUGACUAACGAUGGCUCGGUUUUUCAUGACUUUGAGAACAAGUACCCCAUGGGCACUGCUAUUCAAGUCCGAGUCAAGCACGUGGACGAGGAGCACAAGACCUUGUCUCUUGUGGCUAGAGACAAUUUCGUUUCGUCGAUUGACGAUGUUGAACAAGGCCAUAUUUACCCUGGCCGGGUGGUCAAGGUUAAAGACAGCUAUGUUUUGGUUGACCUUGGCGACAAAGUAGUUGCUUCGUCAUUCAUCACUGAUGCGUUGAAUGACUAUAGUGACAAGUUGACGCAUGCGUUCCGCAAUAAUGAAUAUGUCGCCGCCAAGGUUUUGGAUGUCGAUAAGGAGAACAACAAGAUCUCGGUCUCGUUGAGAGAUGAGCAACACGCCGCUGACAAGACCAUCAACACAGUUGAAGAUCUCUCUCGCGGCCAAGUUGUCAAGGGUUUCAUCAAGAAUGUGGCCAAUAACGGUGUUUACAUUUCCUUGGGAAGAGCAGUGCAUGCUUUAGUGCGGGUCUCCGACCUAAGCGAUGCGUAUUUGAAAGAUUGGAAGAAAUUCUUUAAGCCUAAUCAGUCGGUUGUUGGCAAGAUUAUCAAUUGCAAAGAACAAGGCAAAGUUUUGAUGACGUUGAAGGAGAGUGAAGUCAAUGGCGAUUUGAACAUUUUGAAAAACUUUGAUGAUUUGGCCGUGGGGGAUAUUUUCGAAGGUACCGUGACCAAGACGACUGAUUUCGGGGUGUUUGUGAAACUCGAUGGCACGGUGAACAUCAGUGGGUUAUGUCACCACUCUCAAGUUGCUGAGACUGACAUUGCAGAUGUGAGCAAGUUGUUUGGAGAAGGCGAUCGCGUCAAGGUUAAGCUAUUGAAGAUUGAUCCUGUAAAGAAACAAUUGUCGUUGGGAAUGAAGGCAUCUUAUUUUGCCGAGGGAGGUAGUGGUGAAGCUGAAAACGAAGACGUUGAGAUGGAAGAUGCUGUAGAUAGGGAGGAGGAGGAGGAGGAGGAGGAGGAGGAGGAAGAGGAAGAUGAAGACGAAGACGACGAAAGUGGGGAUGAAGAUGAAGACGAAGACGUAAUCAUUGCCCCAGAAAAUGACGACAAGGAAUCGGGAGCAGAAGAAGAUGAUGAUGAAGAAGAUGAAGAAGAAGAUGUAUCAUCUACUGCAAUCACAGGAUUAUCAACCAACGGAUUUGACUGGACAGCGUCGAUCUUGGACCAAACCAGAGCUGACAGCAACGACAACGACGAUGAUGAUGACGACGACGAUGACGAUUUAUCAGCCGAUGAGGAUGAACCAAACGCAAAGAGCAAGAAGAAAAACAAAAGCAAAAAGAACCAAGCGAGACACGUUGAGGACAAGACCAUUGAUCUCAACACUCGUGCGCCGCAAUCGACCUCCGAUUUCGAGCGGCUCUUGAUCGGCAACCCCAACAGCUCCAUCUUGUGGAUGAACUACAUGUCCUUCAAUCUCCAGUUGAGUGAGAUUGACAAGGCGCGCGAAAUCGGGGAGCGUGCUUUAGAGACGAUCAAUUAUCGGGAAGAACAGGAGAAAUUGAACAUUUGGAUCGCCAUGUUGAACUUGGAGAAUAGUUUCGGCAGCGAGGAAAGCUUAGCGUUGGUGUUUAAGAAAUCGUGUCAGUACAUGGACUCGUUCAUCAUGCAUCAGAAAUUGGUCAAUAUCUACAUCAUGAGUGAGAAAUUCCACGAGGCCGAUGAGUUGUUCCAGGCGAUGGUUAAGAAAUUCGGCAAGGACCACGUUUUGACGUGGGUUAUAUAUGCGUCGUUCUUGUUGGAUCAAGACCAGGACCAAGCGCUGAACAAGGUGCACCAGUUGCUUGCGCGGGCAUUGAAGUCUUUACCGAAGCGCGACCACAUUGAAGUUGUGCGCAAGUUUGCCCAGUUGGAGUUCAACAAGGGCGACGCGGAACAGGCGCGGUCCUUAUUCGAAGGCUUGUUGGCUGAUGCGCCAAAGAGAAUCGAUUUGUGGAACGUUUACCUCGACCAAGAAAUCAAAUUAAAUGAGAGCAAGCAAGAUGACAAUGGCGGUAAUGUGCAGAAUAUCAGAGAUUUGUUUGAGCGAGUCGUUAGCAACAAGAAAAUCUCCAGAAAGCAAGCAAAGUUUUUCUUUAACAAGUGGUUGAAGUUUGAAGAGAACAAGGGCGAGGAGAAGAUGGUGGCUAAAGUCAAGGCCAAGGCUAUUGAGUAUGUGCAAAACCAAGAAGAGUCCACCCAAGCGUGA